AUAGCAAAAGUAGUAAAUUUUGAAAAAUAAUGAUAACUGAAAUAUGAAAUAGAUUUGUGUUAAUUAACUCUUAAAUAAUCUAAGUAAACAAUAGAAUUAUAAAGAUUUUGUCAUAAGAUAUAAUUAUUAGUUUAUUACUAUCAAACUUUAAUAUUACUAAACGUUUUGUCCAUUAUUGCGUUAUGUGAAGAUUGUGGGUCCGAGUUACUAAUUUUUUCGGUUAGAUAUAAUCCAACACAUCCAAAAAGUUAUAUAAAGAAGAAAGUGGCAUAGAACAAUUGGAGGCUAUAUAUCAAGAAAGCGAAUAUUAAAAGUUUAAGAAAGAGAGAAAGAAAAUAAAAGAGAAAGACUAAGCAGCAAACCAUGGAGAUUAAGACACGACGAGAUACAUCAGAAACAUCCGUGAGGAAAGACGACGAGGAAGAAGUUGAGGAGGAGCAACCGCUUAGUCCGGCGGCGCGUGUGUUUCACGCACCGGAGUUUAACUGCUACGUCAUCUCUGUUAUUGGAAUCAAGAAGAAGAUCGAUCCAGAUGUGAUCAUCGAAGGAUUAAAGCAAACUUUGAUCAGACAUCCUCGUUUCUCCAGUAAAAUGGUGAGCACAUCCGUUGGGAACAAGAAAAGACAAACACAAAGUUGGGUUCGGACAAACGUGGUCGUUACCGAUCACGUCAUUGUAUCCGACAUCCAAACGCAAAACAUAGAGAACGGAAACGCAGACGCGUUUCUUGAGACCUACGUCUCGAACCUCACGACGGUCCCUUUAGACAUCUCGAAGCCAUUAUGGCAGCUUCACCUACUCGAUCUAAAAACCUCAGACGCCGAAAACGUUGCCGUUUUGAAGUUUCAUCACUCUUUAGGAGACGGUAUGUCUCUCAUGGCCCUUGUCCUUGCAUGUAUGCGUAAAACAUCAAACCCUGACGAGCUCCCGAGUCUGCCGAACCAGAACCGGUCGUCGUCUAGAUCUUCCAGGCUAAUGGCCGGUUCAAGAGGUGAUUCCAGGUUCUUAUGGUUAGUUAUGGUUAUAUGGUCGGCGAUUAUGUUGGUUUUGAAUACGGUUUGCGAUGCUUUGGAGUUUAUUGCUACAACAAUGUUCCUUAAGGACACUGAAACACCGAUCAAAGGCGAUUUCCGGUUUAGUAAGAGUAAACGGAUGUGUUUGGUCCAUCGUACCGUAAGCUUAGACGACAUAAAGCUAAUCAAGAAUACCAUGAAGAUGACUGUCAACGAUGUAGUACUUGGAGUCAGUCAGGCUGGCCUCUCGCAAUAUUUGGACAGAAGAUAUGGAGAAAAGAAGAAGAAGGUAGGAGAAGAUCAAGAUUCUAAAAGGAAAGCCACUGAUAUGCCUAAACGAAUAAGGCUACGAUCAGCUCUACUUGUUAACUUAAGACCCAACACUGGAAUCCAGGAUCUAGCUGAUAUGAUGGCUAAAGGAUCUACGUGUAGAUGGGGAAAUUGGAUCGGCUACAUUGUCUUUCCGUUUUCUAUCGGAUUACGCGACGAUCCGUUACAACAUCUCCGAAGAGCCAAAAGGAUCAUCGAUCGCAAGAAAAAUUCGUUAGAAGCUGCCCUAACGUUCGUCGCCGGUAAAUUCAUUCUCAAAACAUUUGGAGUUCAGGUAGCAGCUAAGAUAAUAAAUAGAGCAUUGUCAAACACUACGAUGUCAUUUUCAAAUUUAAUUGGUCCUAUUGAAGAAAUCAGCUUCUAUGGACAUCCCAUUACUUACAUGGCCCCAAGUGUGUAUGGCCAUCCCCAUGCAUUGACGAUGCAUUUCCAGAGUUACAUGAACCAGAUGACGAUUUCGUUGACUGUAGAUCCAACGGUCAUAAGUGAUCCUCAUCGACUACUUGACGAUUGGGAGAAAUCUUUACAAAGCAUCAAAGCUGCUGUGCAAGAAAGAGACUCCCGCUCAUUAGAUUGAAUCAAAUCUUUUCUUUUUUUAUUCGUCCAAAUUAAGUCUACCUUUUUUUUUUAUGAAUUCUGAUUAAUUUUAAAUUAAGUCUACAUUAGAUUAACCAAACUAAAUCCAAAUUAAUCAGAAUUCAUAAAAAUUAGGAUUUUCAUUAAAUAUACAAAAAAAGUUUUUAAAAAAA